ACGAACUUUUCAUAUCAGACAGGGAAAUUUUCUUUCCUCUGAAAUACAGUUCGGUAAAAAAGAAUUAAAAAAAGGUUCCCUAGUUAAAGGAGAAGUAAGGUGGUUGUUUAUUAAAAUGUUCCAAAGAGUAAAACUAAAGCUGGGCACUUCAGUAUUAUUACUAGCUCUUCUCGCUGCGUUGCUUCAAGAAGGAAUACAAACAGUCAGUGCAUUUGGGUAUACUUUGGAAAAGACAUUUGAAACAGAAGUCGAUAGCCUUGUACAACUUGAAAAUCAACGAUCUUUAAGAAGCCUGGAGGAUGCGUCAUCGCCACUAAAACCGGAACAGGCAUCAUCCCUGGCACCAGAUUCAGGAGUAAACAAGGCUUUUUUGCUGGAAGCCAUUGACAGUAUCCUGCGGAAACGUGGCUAUUCGGCUAAUACCGACCAUUGCUUCAGAUAUCUAGUGCAACUACACCAGAACUGUGACGAUAACAACUCUAUUUACACUAAAAGAGGCUGUGUAACCGAGUGUAUACCAAGACUAACAGGAGGUCUUUGUUACAAACUAUGGGAGCCGGAGGAAUUUGGAGAAGUCAAUGUUAAAACUGAAAAGCGCUGGUAUUUCAAAUCUGAUACUCGCUCGUGCUUACAGUUUGAUUACGGAGGUUGUCUCGGAAACGAAAAUAGAUAUGCCACUCUGAAAGACUGUCUAGCGGAGAACAACUUAAAAGGAUCUAUCUUCGGCGAUGAAGCCAUUGGUGGCUUCAAAUUUACAGAACCGAUAAAGGGGGCGAUAAAGAGUUAUGCAACUUGCUCAGUCUUUGGAAACGCAUACUUCAACACCUUUGAUAACGUGACGUAUGCCUUUCACGGCAAAUGCGAUUACACCCUGGUUCAAUUGGAGAAUAAUCCCGACUAUUUGAAAGUAGUCUUAAAAAAUGAUUUUGGAUGCGACCCCACGUUAGCGUGUCAGAAGUCCGUGCUUCUUUUCGCUCAUGGCGUCAGCGUUGAACUUGGACCUAAGAAAGGUGGAAAGUUUGAUGUCAAAGUUGGAGGCUCUCCAGUCUCAUUUCCGUACAGAGAUCCGACUGAAGCAGUACACAUUCAAGCUCAAUUUCCAUUCAAAGGUGCAGAGCAUCAUAUCCUUGUAACCACAAAAGAUAGGGUCACAGUCAUAUGGGACGGAGAAAGGUCAGUAGACAUCCGCCUGCCAGAGGCAGUCAGGUCAAAGUGGGACAUGUCUGGGCUGUGUGGAAGUUUCAAUGACGACGACUCUGACGAUCUGAAAUCCAAUACAAAAAAGUUAAUGAAAAAGGUGUACGACUUCGCUAAUAGUUUCAUAUACUCCCCUGGCAACACCCUGUGUAAGUCAGAUGAAAUUACGAUAGGGGACACCUGUGAUGAAAACGAGUCUGAGGCGGGGAAGUUGUGCUCAAUUCUGGACACUAAAGACUUCGAGGCCUGCCAUAGCGUGGUGGAUCCUGAAAUCUUCAAAAAAAUGUGCAUAUUAGACGUCUGCGCUACUGCCGUCAAAGCACCUCUCUUAGUCGAUGAGACAAGAUGUGCGAUGUUGUCCCUCUACAGUCGACAGUGCAGUUGGAAUAACACAGAAUUGACCUGGAGAUCAGAGAACCUCUGUCAAAAAACCUGUCCAGCAACUAUGGAGUACAGCGAAUGUGCCAGUGGAUGUCCUAGAACAUGCAAAAAUGUGGACAUACUAAAAUGCUCCGCUAAAUGCCUGCCAGGUUGCACUUGUCCCGCUGAGAUGUGGCACGACGGAGAGAAGUGCGUGAAGCAGUCUCAAUGCUCCUGUUACCACGAUAACACACGUUAUGAACACGGAGACUUUCGUUACGAAGAUUGCGAAGCCUGCAAGUGCGAAGGAGGAAAGUGGACUUGUUUUUCCAUUCCUUGUAGAGGUGAAUGUACCAUUCUGGGAAGUACCAAUAUCAAGACGUUUGAUGGCCAAAGGUACAGGGUUUUCCCAAUGGAUUGUGAGUUUCAUUUGCUGCGACACUGUCACAACGAACAAUCUGAAUUUGAUAUCAGAAUAAAAAACACUGAUUGCGAGGAAACCAUCGUGCGUCCGUUCUGCAAUAGUCAAGACAUAGAUGUUAUUUUUGGUGAAAAUAAAACAGCUAUAAAAAUUGUCAGGAAACUCAAAUCAGAUCCCCAAAUCUUUGUAACCCACGGUUCCUUGGAUGAAGAUAUGUCCGUGGAAAACGUUGGUGGAAAGAGUGUAGUGUUGUCCACUCGCUAUUUUCAAAUGACCGCAACCGAUCAAAACCUUUUUUUAUCCGUGUCUCCUGAUCUACAAAAUCAGACAUGUGGUCUGUGCGGUACAUUCAACGGAAACGGCAACGAUGAUUUCCGCAAACCCGACAAGGGGGAAGCCGCCACACCGAACGAGUUCUUAAAGAAAUGGUUGAACUUCUACGAUGAAAAUUCAGAUAAAUGCAUGGAAAAUCAACUGGGAGACGACCCUGCCCUCGCUAGUCCCACACAGUUGGAUUAUUGCAGACGGAAUUAUGAGCUUGAACCUGCAGCCGAAAAGCACGCCUCUAUUCUAAUUAACGGAGACAGUCCGUUUCAAGCUUGCUGGUCAGAGGUGCCAAAAGAAGUUUUUUACGAAAAUGCCGUAGAAGCUUAUUGUAGGCACUCUGUUAGUCUAUGCGACGUCAUAGCCGGAUACGCCAAAGCUUGCGGAGAUAAAGGUGUUGUGGUGCUCAAAUGGAGGCAACGAAGAGAGGUCAUAGAUCUAUGUCAAGAGCCGAGUUGUCCAAGUGGUCAAGAGUUCAGAUACUGUGAUGCAACUUGCCCGCAGACAUGUGGGGAUCUUAAAAACAAACAAGCUUGCCAGAAUCGUGGAUGCAUAGAAGGUUGCUUUUGUAAAAAGAACGGCACGGUUCUGAGGGGAAACGAGUGUAUUGAAGAAGAUGAAUGUGCGGAACAUCCGGUUGAGUGUGAAGCCGAGGAUCAGGUGUACAAUUCAUUUGGACGUACUUGUUUGGGUUUGGAAUAUGGCGUUCCGGUGGAUAACAAACCUGGAUGCCACUGCAAGGAUGGUCUUUACUGGAAUGAAUACAAAAAGAAGUGCGUCCAGAAGGACCAAUGUGGAUGCAUCCACGAAAAUGAAUAUUACGAAAAAGGCGAACCUUCACCAUUGGAAUGUUCAACCAAAUGUUCUGGCGCACGAACAUGGAUUCCUCAGCCUGGUGUUGAUCCACUACCUGAAUACGAAUGCGCUGCGUUCGGUCAGGAGCAUUACCGAACAUUUGACGGCAGAUGGAUCAGAUUUAGUAGCCUCGAACUCUGCGAAUACCAACUCAUGCUGAUAAAGGGCACCAAAAAUACGGUCAGCGUUGCAAACGAGCCAUGCGUGGACUCACUAGAGCUGCAAAUGUGUAAGAAAGUAGUGAUUGAAACAGGAGAAGGAUCAAUCGAACUCUUUCAGAGGACUAUAAAAAUCGAAACCGAAGACUCGUCUACACAAUAUGUACCUGGGACCUACCCUGAACCAUGCACCAGAAGUGUGUUAGACAAUGCAGAGAUUUUCAGCAUGGGAUUAUUUAUCAUCGUGCGGGUGUUCAACCCGAACGAGCCUUUCAAACCCUUGUUUGAGGUGAAAUUCGACAAAGGUAACCGAGUCUACAUUACCCCCAAUUCCAAGUUUAAAAAUCAAGAUAAACUCGUUGGAAUUUGCGGUAACUUUAACGGAAAGGAUGGGGAUGACGUUAUGUUACGGAAUUACGAACCCGCGAAGACCCCUAAAGAAUUUGGUGAUAGUUGGAGGAGUAGCGCUGACCCUGUAUGCGAAAAUAGUGUAAGCACCGAUUAUUGGCAAGUGUGUGUAAAUAACACUGACCGAUUGAGUUGGGCAGUAAAAGGAUGUGGAAUGCUCAUGUCGGACAAGAACUUUUCCGCCUGUCACGCGGUUGUUCCACCACAGGCAUAUUAUGACGCCUGUAUUCACGAAACAUGUUUGUGCAACAAAGGAGGCGACUGUGCAUGCUACUGUGCGGCUAUUGCCACCUAUGUAAGAGCUUGUAAUCAGCAUGGAAUCUCAAUCACGUGGCGUCGAGAAGGAUUUUGUGAGCUUCCUUGUUGCCGACCCUGUGCAAACAGUGGUGGAUAUGAAGCAAACAUUACCAUUCCUUCUGCUUGCGAAAUAAAUGACGAAUGUCCUGUAGCGAACGAAAGAUGCUGUCGUGGAACAAGAGUUGAGGGUUGUUCAUGUCCUAAUGGGACAUACUUCAAUGGAAAGAAAUGCGUUGAGCAGAAGGGUGAUUGCGACCGGCCUUGUACGUCCACCAGUAGUUCAUCUAUGUCAAGUACAAGCGUAUCUACGUCGAGUUCAAUUUCCACUUCGUCAUCAAUAUCAUUAAGUUCAAUCUCCACUUCGUCUUCAAUAUCAUCAAGUGUGUCCACUUCAAGUUCGAUUUCGACAUCUUCAUCAGCAUCCUCAUCCUCGUCUUUAUCAACUUCUUCAAGUGCAUCAACUUCAAGUUCUGUUUCCACGUCCUCUUCAGUGUCAACGUCUUCAAGCAGCCCACAAAGCUCUACAUACUCCACAUCAUCACUUUCCACCAGUGCGUCUUCUACAACUGUCUCCACCUCACUGUCAUCAGGAAGUACAAGCAUUUCUUCGUCAAGCCUAUCGUCAUCAAGUGUCUCCUCAUCAUCACCGUCGUCAUCAAGUACUUCAAUAUCGUCAUCAGUGUCGACAUCUUCGAGUGUAUCAACCUCGUCGUCAGUGUCGACAUCUUCGAGUGUAUCAACCUCGUCGUCAGUGUCGACAUCUUCGAGUUUAUCAACCUCGUCGUCAGUGUCGACAUCUUCGAGUGUAUCAACCUCGUCGUCAGUGUCGACAUCUUCGAGUGUAUCAACCUCGUCGUCAGUGUCGACAUCUUCGAGUGUAUCAACCUCGUCAAGUGUAUCCACCUCAAGUUCUCUCUCUACCCAGAAAUCUCAGACAGAAUCAAAGGUGUCAACGAGGUUUCCCUCAACGUACACUUUUUCGAAAUCCUCCGAAACAGUUUUCUCAUUGUAUUCCAGUUCUUCGGGAAUCUCAACAAGCACUUCAACAUCGUCAUCGGUGUCGACAUCAUCUAGUGCUUCAACUUCGUCGUCACUUUCUUCCUCGAGCUUUUCAACAUCGUCAUCAGUAUCAACAUCAUCUAGUGCUUCAACUUCGUCGUCACUUUCUUCCUCGAGCUUUUCAACAUCUUCAUCAGUAUCCACAUCAUCAAGUGCUUCAACUUCGUCGUCACUUUCUUCCUCAAGCGCUUCAUCAUCGUCGUCAGUGUCGACAUCAUCUAGUGCUUCAACUUCGUCGUCACUUUCUUCCUCGAGCUUUUCAACAUCUUCAUCAGUAUCCACAUCAUCAAGUGCUUCAACUUCAUCGUCACUUUCUUCCUCGAGCGCUUCCACUUCGUCGUCCCUUUCUUCCUCGAGCUUUUCAACAUCGUCAUCAGCGUCAACAUCAUCAAGUGCUUCAACUUCGUCGUCACUUUCCUCCUCAAGCUUUUCAACAUCGUCAUCAGUGUCGACAUCAUCAAGUGCUUCAACUUCGUCGUCACUAUCUUCCUCAAGUGCUUCUACCUCGUCGUCAGUGUCGACAUCAUCUAGUGCUUCAACUUCGUCGUCACUUUCCUCCUCAAGCUCUUCAACAUCGUCAUCACUGUCGACAUCAUCAAGUGCUUCAACUUCGUCGUCACUUUCUUCCUCAAGCUUUUCAACGUCGUCGUCAGUGUCGACAUCAUCAAGUGUUUCAACCUCGUCGUCAGUGUCAACGUCAUCGAGUGUUUCAACAUCUUCGUCAAUAUCAACGUCAUCAAGUAUCUCAACAUCAUCAUCGGCAUCAACUUCAUCCAGUGCUUCGACAUCUUCAUCAGCGUCAACGUCGUCGAGUGUGUCCACGCCAACCACAAUAAGUGAGACUUAUACAUCAUCCUCGAGUGUGUCAACCUCCUCAAGUGUGUCAACAUCAAGUUCAGCAUCAACGUCAUCAAGUGUGUCGACCUCGUCAAGCGCGUCAACGUCUAGUUCUUUGUCAUCAUCGGCGUCAACGUCCUCGAGUAUUUCAACACCAACCACGACCAGUGUCUCUACAUCAAGUUCUGUGUCGACGUCAUCAAGCAUUUCCACAUCAUCGUCUGCGUCAACAUCAUCAAGUGCUUCAACCUCGUCGUCAUUGUCGACAUCAUCAAGUGUUUCAACUUCAUCGUCAUUGUCAACAUCAUCAAGUGCUUCAACAUCGUCGUCAUUGUCGACAUCAUCAAGUACUUCAUCAUCGUCGUCAGUGUCGACAUCAUCAAGUGUUUUGACAUCUUCGUCAAUAUCAACGUCAUCAAGUAUCUCAACAUCAUCAUCGGCAUCAACUUCAUCCAGUGCUUCGACAUCUUCAUCAGCGUCAACGUCGUCGAGUGUGUCCACGCCAACCAUAAUAAGUGAGACUUAUACAUCAUCCUCGAGUGUGUCAACCUCCUCAAGCGUGUCAACAUCAAGUUCAGCAUCGACAUCAUCAAGUGUGUCGACGUCGUCAAGCGCGUCAACGUCUAGUUCUUUGUCAUCAUCGGCGUCAACGUCCUCGAGUAUUUCAACACCAACCACGACCAGUAGUGUCUCUACAUCAAGUUCUGUGUCGACGUCAUCAAGCAUUUCCACAUCAUCGUCUGCGUCAACAUCAUCAAGUGCUUCAACCUCGUCGUCAUUGUCGACAUCAUCAAGUGUUUCAACUUCAUCGUCAUUGUCAACAUCAUCAAGUGCUUCAACAUCGUCGUCAUUGUCGACAUCAUCAAGUACUUCAUCAUCGUCGUCAGUGUCGACAUCAUCAAGUGUUUCGACAUCUUCGUCAAUAUCAACGUCAUCAAGUAUCUCAACAUCAUCAUCGGCAUCAACUUCAUCCAGUGCUUCGACAUCUUCAUCAGCGUCAACGUCGUCGAGUGUGUCCACGCCAACCAUAAUAAGUGAGACUUAUACAUCAUCCUCGAGUGUGUCAACCUCCUCAAGCGUGUCAACAUCAAGUUCAGCAUCGACAUCAUCAAGUGUGUCGACGUCGUCAAGCGCCUCAACGUCUAGUUCUUUGUCAUCAUCGGCGUCAACGUCCUCGAGUAUUUCAACACCAACCACGACCAGUGUCUCUACAUCAAGUUCUGUGUCGACGUCAUCAAGCAUUUCCACAUCAUCGUCUGCGUCAACAUCAUCAAGUGCUUCAACCUCGUCGUCAUUGUCGACAUCAUCAAGUGUUUCAACAUCAUCGUCAUUGUCAACAUCAUCAAGUGCUUCAACAUCGUCGUCAUUGUCGACAUCAUCAAGUACUUCAUCAUCGUCGUCAGUGUCGACAUCAUCAAGUGUUUCGACAUCUUCGUCAAUAUCAACGUCAUCAAGUAUCUCAACAUCAUCAUCGGCAUCAACUUCAUCCAGUGCUUCGACAUCUUCAUCAGCGUCAACGUCGUCGAGUGUGUCAACGCCAACCACAAUAAGUGAGACUUAUACAUCAUCCUCGAGUGUGUCAACCUCCUCAAGCGUGUCAACAUCAAGUUCAGCAUCGACAUCAUCAAGUGUGUCGACGUCGUCAAGCGCAUCAACGUCUAGUUCUUUGUCAUCAUCGGCGUCAACGUCCUCGAGUAUUUCAACACCAACCACGACCAGUGUCUCUACAUCAAGUUCUGUGUCGACGUCAUCAAGCAUUUCCACAUCAUCGUCUGCGUCAACAUCAUCAAGUGCUUCAACCUCGUCGUCAUUGUCGACAUCAUCAAGUGUUUCAACAUCAUCGUCAUUGUCAACAUCAUCAAGUGCUUCAACAUCGUCGUCAUUGUCGACAUCAUCAAGUACUUCAUCAUCGUCGUCAGUGUCGACAUCAUCAAGUGUUUCGACAUCUUCGUCAAUAUCAACGUCAUCAAGUAUCUCAACAUCAUCAUCGGCAUCAACUUCAUCCAGUGCUUCGACAUCUUCAUCAGCGUCAACGUCGUCGAGUGUGUCCACGCCAACCACAAUAAGUGAGACUUAUACAUCAUCCUCGAGUGUGUCAACCUCCUCAAGCGUGUCAACAUCAAGUUCAGCAUCGACAUCAUCAAGUGUGUCGACGUCGUCAAGCGCGUCAACGUCUAGUUCUUUGUCAUCAUCGGCGUCAACGUCCUCGAGUAUUUCAACACCAACCACGACCAGUAGUGUCUCUACAUCAAGUUCUGUGUCGACGUCAUCAAGCAUUUCCACAUCAUCGUCUGCGUCAACAUCAUCAAGUGCUUCAACCUCGUCGUCAUUGUCGACAUCAUCAAGUGUUUCAACAUCAUCGUCAUUGUCAACAUCAUCAAGUGCUUCAACAUCGUCGUCAUUGUCGACAUCAUCAAGUACUUCAUCAUCGUCGUCAGUGUCGACAUCAUCAAGUGUUUCGACAUCUUCGUCAAUAUCAACGUCAUCAAGUAUCUCAACAUCAUCAUCGGCAUCAACUUCAUCCAGUGCUUCGACAUCUUCAUCAGCGUCAACGUCGUCGAGUGUGUCAACGCCAACCACAAUAAGUGAGACUUAUACAUCAUCCUCGAGUGUGUCAACCUCCUCAAGCGUGUCAACAUCAAGUUCAGCAUCGACAUCAUCAAGUGUGUCGACGUCGUCAAGCGUGUCAACGUCCAGUUCUUUGUCAUCAUCGGCGUCAACGUCCUCGAGUAUUUCAACACCAACCACGACCAGUGUCUCUACAUCAAGUUCUGUGUCGACGUCAUCAAGCAUUUCGACAUCAUCGUCUGUGUCAACAUCAUCAAGUGCUUCAACCUCGUCAUCAGUGUCGACAUCGUCAAGUGCUUCAACAUCGUCGUCUGCAUCAACAUCAUCAAGUGCUUCAACAUCGUCGUCAGCAUCAACAUCAUCAAUUGCUUCAUCAUCGUCGUCAGUGUCGACAUCAUCAAGCGCUUCAACUUCCUCUUCGGUAUCGACAUCAUCUAGUGCUUCAACCUCGUCAUCAGUGUCGACAUCGUCAAGUGCUUCAACAUCGUCAUCAAUUUCCACGUCAUCGAGCAUUUCGACAUCAUCAUCGGCAUCAACAUCAAAAUCUUCAAGUGCAUCAACGUCUUCGUCAGUGUCCACAUCAUCUUCUGUUUCGACGCCAACUACAACCAGUGUGUCAACAUCAAGUUCUGCGUCAUCUUCGUCAAGUGUGUCAACCUCAUCAAGUUUCUCUACAACAAGUUCCGUAUCCACAUCAUCGUCAAUUUCAACAUCAUCUAGUGCAUCUACUUCUUCAAGUGUCUCUACAUCAAGUUCUGCGUCAACGUCAUCAAGUGCCUCAUCUUCGUCAUCCAUAUCGACAUCAUCAAGUAUUUCAACAUCGUCGUCAAUUUCUACAUCAUCAAGUAUUUCAACGUCAUCGUCCGCAUCAACAUCAUCAAGCGCUUCAACAUCAUCGUCAGUGUCAACAUCAUCAUCUGUUUCGACACCAACUACGACGAGUGCGUCUACUUCAAGUUCUUCAAGCGUGUCAACUUCCUCAAGUGUGUCAACAACAAGUUCAGCAUCAACAUCGUCGAGUGUGUCAACCUCGUCAAGUGUGUCAACAUCUAGUUCUGUUUCAACAUCGUCCUCCGUGUCAACAAGCGCCUCAACAUCAUCAUCAGUGUCGACAUCAUCGAGCGCCUCAACCUCAUCAUCAGCAUCGACAUCGUCAAGUGCCUCAACUUCGUCGUCAGUAUCGACAUCAUCAAGUAUUUCAACAUCGUCGUCAAUUUCGACGUCAUCGAGCAUUUCGACAUCGUCAUCGGCAUCAACAUCAUCAAGCGCUUCGACAUCAUCGUCAGUGUCGACUUCGUCAUCUGUUUCCACGCCAACUACAACGAGUGUGUCUACUUCAAGUUCAUCAAGUGUGUCCACCUCCUCAAGUGCGUCGACGUCAAGCUCUGCGUCAACCUCUUCAAGUGUGUCAACCUCAUCAAGCGCUUCAACAUCUAGUUCUACGUCAACAUCAUCAUCGGCGUCGACAUCGUCCAGUGUUUCAACACCAACUACAACAAGUGUCUCUACAUCGACUUCUGCGUCUACGUCAUCGUCAAUUUCAACAUCGUCUAGUGCAUCCACUUCUUCAAGCGUCUCGACGUCAAGUUCGGCGUCAACUUCAUCUAGUGCUUCGACAUCGUCGUCAGUUUCAACAUCGUCGAGCGCUUCAACAUCGUCUUCGGCAUCGACGUCGUCGAGUGCUUCAACAUCAUCGUCGGCAUCGACAUCGUCGAGUGCUUCAACAUCAUCAAGUGCUUCAACAUCGUCUUCGGCAUCGACGUCAUCGACUGCUUCAACAUCGUCGUCAGCAUCGACAUCGUCGAGUGCUUCAACAUCGUCGUCAGUGUCUACAUCAUCAAGCGCUUCAACUUCGUCGUCAGUAUCGACAUCAUCAAGUGUUUCAACAUCGUCGUCAAUUUCGACGUCAUCGAGCAUUUCGACAUCGUCAUCGGCAUCAACAUCAUCAAGCGCUUCGACAUCAUCGUCAGUGUCGACAUCGUCAUCUGUUUCCACGCCAACUACAACGAGUGUGUCUACUUCAAGUUCAUCAAGUGUGUCCACCUCCUCAAGUGCGUCGACGUCAAGCUCUGCGUCAACCUCUUCAAGUGUGUCAACCUCAUCAAGCGCUUCAACAUCUAGUUCUGCGUCAACAUCAUCUUCGACGUCAUCCAGUGUUUCAACACCAACUACAACGAGUGUCUCUACAUCGACUUCUGCGUCUACGUCAUCGUCAAUUUCAACAUCGUCUAGUGCAUCCACUUCUUCAAGUGUCUCGACGUCAAGUUCGGCGUCAACAUCAUCUAGUGCUUCGACAUCGUCGUCAGUUUCAACAUCGUCGAGUGCUUCAACAUCAUCAAGUGCUUCAACAUCGUCUUCGGCAUCGACGUCGUCAAGUGCUUCAACAUCGUCGUCAGCAUCGACAUCGUCGAGUGCUUCAACAUCAUCAAGUGCUUCAACAUCGUCGUCAGUGUCAACAUCAUCAAGUGCUUCGACAUCGUCUUCGGCAUCGACGUCGUCGAGUGCUUCAACAACGUCGUCGGCAUCGACAUCGUCGAGUGCUUCAACAUCAUCAAGUGCUUCAACAUCGUCAUCAGCAUCUACAUCGUCAAGUGCUUCAACAUCAUCGAGUGCUUCAACAUCGUCGUCAGUCUCGACAUCAUCAAGUGUCUCAACAUCCUCGUCAAUUUCGACCUCAUCAAGCAUUUCGACAUCAUCUUCGGCAUCGACUUCAUCAAGAACUUCAACAUCGUCAUCGGUGUCGACCUCAUCUUCUGUUUCGACACCAACUACAACAAGCGUGUCGACCUCAAGUUCUGCGUCAACUUCGUCAAGUGUGUCAACAUCGUCAAGUGCGUCAACUUCAAGUUCUGUGUCCACGUCAUCAUCGGCAUCGACAUCAUCAAGUGUUUCAACACCAACCACGACGAGCGCGUCAACUUCAAGUUCUGUGUCUACGUCAUCAUCAGCAUCAACAUCGUCAAGUGCCUCAACAUCGUCGUCAUUAUCGACAUCAUCAAGUGCUUCAACGUCGUCGUCAGUAUCAACAUCAUCAAGUGCUUCAACAUCAUCGUCAGUGUCAACUUCAUCAAGUGUCUCUACGUCGUCGUCAAUUUCGACUUCAUCAAGUAUUUCGACAUCGUCGUCUGCAUCAACUUCAUCGAGCGCUUCAACAUCAUCAUCAGUGUCGACAUCAUCUUCUGUUUCAACACCAACUACGACAAGUGUGUCUUCUUCAAGUUCAUCAAGUGUGUCAACUUCUUCAAGUGUGUCGACAUCAAGUUCUUCAUCAACCUCAUCUAGUGUGUCAACAUUGUCGAGGUAUUAA